AUGACCGAGUUCAAUUCGAAUGGCUUUGGCCAGACUUUUGGAAGUGGCUUCUGCCAAGUAGAAGGUCAACCAGAAGCGUUUUCACAGAGUGGGUUUCAAUACCCAAAUGGCAGACUUGUACACACGAUUGUCAAUCCCCCAGUCGAGAAACCAGCAAAGGAUCCCCUGCCAGUACCUCCACGACCGAAGAAGCGCAUCAUUAUCUGCUGCGAUGGCACUUGGCAGAGCUCCGCCCACGGUGCGCAAACCAUCCCAUCAAAUGUGGCGAAGAUGAGCAGGUCCAUCGACUCAUGGUACAUCGACGAGAAUGGAUUGAUGGCGCCUCAGAUUGUUUACUACGACGCUGGAGUAGGCACAGCCAUGGGUAAGUUGGAGUCUCUCUGGAGUGGAACAACUGGUGGCGGUCUUGAUGAGAACGUCUGCGAGGCUUACAACUUCAUUGUGAACAACUACAGCCAUGGUGACGAACUGUUCUUCUUUGGCUUCUCACGUGGAGCAUACACGGUGCGUGCCUGCGCCGGUUUAGUCUGUCGAGUUGGUAUCUGUCAACCAAGUGCUAUGGGCCAAUUCUGGGAGAUGUACGCCAAUUAUAAGUCGAUCAGCGCCAGCGAGCCGCUAGAGAACAGUCUGUGGGCAAAGAGGUGGGAAGGCGACCCUAAGGAUAAGACCUACCAGAUCCAAGUGAAGGGGGAAGAGUGGGAGUUUACCAAGGGCUCCGGGUACAGCUGGUUCAAGCAAGCUGAGAAGAGGGUCAUCAUCAAGGUUGUUGGCGUGUGGGACACUGUCGGAAGUCUUGGCUACCCCGACAAUGUCUGGACGGACGUGAGUGCGAAGAACAGGCCAUACGGAUUCCACAACACAGAGAUUCAUCCACGUGAGUAG